GAGCUCGAGGAGUCUGCGCUCACCGUGAAAACUGCCUGGUGAAAGACUACUACUAUGAUCAGACCUCUUUGAAAGAGCAAGCGUGCAAUAGCGGGGCAGCCGUUGGUUAGACCGGGGAUGGGAAAUGUUCGUCUCGUUGUCUGAACACUCUCCCCAGUUCCCUAAUGGGACUACCCCCUCCUUCAUCAUCAGCCUCCAUCCGUUCACUAACUUCUUUCAAGCCAUUUGUUAAGCUCCCCUCCCCUCUCCUCUCUCUCAGGGGCUCCCAUCCUACACUAAAGAUUGCUGGCUACUUUUGAGCGACAAUGGCGGUCUUUCAGAACAACUUCUGGGGGGAGAAGAAUGGCGGCUUUGACGUGCUCUACCACAACAUGAAGCAUGGCCAGCUGGCAACCAAAGAGCUCGCCGAGUUUGUCCGAGAGAGGGCUGCCGUUGAGGAGACCUACUCCAAAUCAAUGAGCAAACUGGCAAAGAUGGCGAGCAAUGGAAGUCAGCUGGGGACUUUUGCGCCCAUGUGGGAUGUUUUUAGGGUAUCUUCUGACAAACUGGCUCUCUGCCACCUAGAGCUGAUGAAGAAGAUGAACGACCUGAUCCGGGACAUUAACAAGUAUGGAGACGAGCAGGUCAAAACUCAUCGUAAGACAAAGGAGGAGAUGGUGGGGACAGUGGAAGCAGUGCAGGCGCUGCAGGUCCAGAGCGGUCACCUUCAGAAGUCAAAGGAAGGUUACCACACCAAGUGUUUGGAGCUGGAUCGACUCAGGAAGGAGGGAGCACCGCAGAAAGAGCUAGAGAAGGCGGAGCUGAAGUCUAAGAAAGCGGCAGAGUCCUUUGCGUUGUACAUCGAGAAGUACAACCGUGUGGGAGGAGAGUUUGAGCAGAAGAUGAGCGAGUCCGCCCAGAGGUUUCAGGAAAUCGAAGAGGCUCAUCUGAGGCAGAUGAAACAGUUGAUUAAAAGUUACUCUCACUCCAUCGAGGACACCCACGUCCAGGUGGGACAGGUCCACGAGGAGUUUAAGCAGAAUGUAGAAAACAUCGGCAUUGACAUCCUCAUUCAGAGGUUUGCUGAGCAGAAAGGAACGGGCAAAGAAAGGCCAGCUUCAGUUGGGUUUGAGGAGUACAUGGCAACUUUGACCCCUGAAGGUGGAAAAAAAACUCGAGCAAAAGCCUUCAGGAUCCCUGGUCUCGGCAAGAGGGACAAAGAACCGGACUCCACAGAUUCAGCUGUUCCAGAGGCACUGAAUUCACCGCUGGAGGUGGACGAUGAGGGAUUUGUCAUCCGAGCUGACAACACUCAGAAUGGCUGCUCUGAGAAGGAAGAUAACUUCUACUCCAGUGAUUCUGACUUUGAUGAUGAGGAACCAAAGAAGUUCCACAUCCAGAUCCGACCUGUAGCCAGCAGCAGUCGUAGCAACUCCGUCGCCGUUGAGAAGGAGCUAAAGGCCACCGUGGGGACGUUAACGCUGCCUCCCAACAGAGGAACAAGGCAGCAGAUGUCAGUGAAGCGACAUCUCUCCAGAAACUCCAGCGCUGCAGGAGGCCGAUCAGAAGAAGGCGAGGCUGCCGCUCAUAGGGAUGAGGAGCAGGAAGGCCUACGCAGAUCUACCUGCAGCCCUGAUCGUGGCAGGUCGGGCUUGACAGCGUCCGGAUCAGACAGCCUGUUUGGCCCUCCGCUGGAGUUGGCCUUCAAGUCCAAAAGCGUCGACGGCCGAGAUCAGCUCAGAGAGCAGAGCGCUUAUGGUGCCUCUGAAUAUACUGCCUUCUCAUCUGAUUCCUCAUCACCAGAGAACGUUGAAGACUCCGGUUUGGACUCACCUUCCCAUCAGCCUCUUGGACCGUCUCCUGAGCUGGCGGGCUGGGCCGCUUGGCCACCUGUGUCACAGAGUAAAGAACAGACACAAACCCUGAGCCGACCCAUGGACCCUUUCCUCUCUGCUUUCCACGAGCCAUCUUCUGGCCACAGCUCUAACUCGCAGGAUGACUCUGCUAACGUCUGGUCUGUCGCCUCGACACGCCCAUCACGGGCCCCCCCAGAUAUGGACUCCAUGCCUGUGCGCUUCCCAGCUUUCUCCCAGUCCCUCGCUCCACCUGAAGUGGAGUCGUCCGUGUGGAACUGCAAACAUAUUCCCACAGAGGACCCAUUUUUCGCCAGCUUUGAGAGGACAGUUGGCCAGGAGACAUUUAACCUGUCUGACGCCUGGAUGCGCCCGCCGCCUCGCCAUUCGCAGGUCAGAGGAAAGGAAGGUCGUGGAGAUCCCUUUUCUGUCUCUCGCGCUGAAACUAAGACUCUUCUUCCCCCUUCUUCCUCCUCGUCUUCAUCAUCCUCCUCCAAUCGUAAAGAGCGAGAUAGGAAACGAGACCGCAGCCUUCCACCGCCCGUUACAUCCGACGACCCGUUUGCCAUCACAAUGAUCGGAAGUCCGACUCACCAGUCGUCUCUGGCUGCAGCAGCCGGGAUGGUUCCUUCGCACAGCAGCAGCAGCAGCAGCAGUAGACCAGGAGUCGAAGCAGUUUCAAGCUCUUCACUGUCAGCUCAGCCAAAGAAGGAGCUGACCCACUGGAAGUCUGUCCACAACCCAUUUAGCGAUGGCAGUAGCUCCAAGUCACAGGAAGGAGGCGUAAAGGUGGAAGCAGGUGGAGGAGAGCGGAGGAAACACAGAUCAUCAGAGAGCGAGCCACGCAGGAACGCUCCUCCCCUCACCAGGCAUUCUGGACCUCAGGAGGAUCUGUGCUUCUCCACAGACAAAGACGAGGACUGUCUGGAUCUCAACACCCAGAUGACGACCUGCAACAUCGGCUCCCAUAAGGGGUCCAAACACAACUACAGGUCGGACACAACCGAAGUGGUUUCAGCUGCUCCUCCAAGAGUGACCCGGGCCAAAAGGUCUUCAGCCCGACUCAGCGGCAGUGAGAGAUCCCGGUCCCUUUGUUCCUCCCCUCUGCCGGAGCCCAGCCAUUCCCUCACCUCCUCUUCCUCCUCCAGUCCGAGUGACUGGGGUACUCAGGCCAGGGACGGUGAGUGGUGGGUCCAGAACCGAGGACCCAGUCCUGCCAGAGUGGGGCAGGCCUCCCCGCUGCCUUACCAGCACCAAGACCACCAACAGAGGCCGUUGCACCUGUCCAGAGGUCCAAGCCCCAUUUCGCUCAGCACACAGGAUGCCUGGCCAGUAGCGGCGGCCAUAACAGAAUAUAUCAAUGCAUACUUCAAAGGUGGACAGCACAACCGAUGUCUUGUGAAGAUCACGGGCGACCUAAUGAUGUCCUUCCCAGCUGGGAUCACACGGAUCUUCACAGCCAACCCCAACGUUCCUGUGCUCAGCUUCCGGCUGGUCAACAUCUCAAGGAUCGAUCACUUCCUGCCCAAUCAGAAGCUGCUCUACAGUGAUCCGUCCCAGAGUGACCCCGACACCAGGGACUUCUGGUUCAACAUGCAGGCUCUGCAGCUCUACCUGCAGAGAGAGGCCGAGCUCAACCCCCAGGCUUCGUACUACAACAUCGGAGUGCUUAAGUAUCAGGUGUCUUCUCAGGAUCCGGGCCGGGCUCCUCUCCUGUUAUCGGCAGAGUGUCAGCGCAGCGGCACGGUGACCCGAGUAUCCCUCGAUUAUCACUGCUGCCCCGCCACAGCGCCCUCCACCCAACUCACCGCAGUCCAGGUCCUGCUUCCUCUGGACCACACCGCGGCAGACGUGCAGUGCCAGCCGCCCGCCUCCUGGAACGCUGAGGACCGUCGGCUGCUGUGGAAGAUUCCCAACCUUUCCCCGACCAACCACAGCAAAGGCUCAGGAACUCUGUGUGCCAGCUGGCAGUGCCUGGAAGCCCCCCGAGGCCCCCCACCCAGCCUGGCUGUUCAGUUCGUGGGCUCCGGCACCUCGCUGUCGGGCAUGGACGUGGAGCUGGUGGGCACCCGAUACCGCAUGUCGCUGGUCAAGAAGAGAUUCGCCACAGGGAAGUACAUGGCAGGCUGCUCCUUGUAAACCCCGAUAAGGAACCGUCAGAUUCCUGAGAGGCUCCUCACUGCUGGUUCAGAGAACUUUGCACUUUUUAAAAGCGAACUCUGACAGGGCUCCUGAACUCAAAGCUCAGUCGCGGAGGACAUCGUGCACUUACUUCUGACAUGUCCUGCUGUUUUAGGACCAACAUUUUCCUUCUUCUGCGUUCGUUUUCUCUACCUUAGGUUGCUUGUUCAGUUGUUCUGGCUUUUCCUGGAGAGAAACAGUUUUGACUGAAGCUUCUUGGUUCAGACUGUUGUGCCUUUUGGUUUGAGGGACUGGAAAAUAAGCUGAAUUUCUUUAUGUGAAUUAUAGAAAACAUUAAAGCCUUGAGCUGAGCUGCCAUGGAAAUGAGGGUAUUUAAAUAAUGUAAAUACUGUAUCUUUGUACCAUCCUGAAGGAUCAAGGAGACGUUUGGGUGAUCUUCUAUCAAACUGUAGAAAAAGCUGUUUAUAAAGCUGACAUUUGUUUUAAGUAGAGGUUUUGUGAUGUUCAGAAUUGAUUAAAAAUAAUAAAUGUGUUCAAACCGUU